AUGCAUAGAUUUACUUUGACAUUCUUGAACAAGGAUGUAGAGUAGCAAUACUAAUCUAUGAAUACAAAAUAAUCCAUAGAAUUUCAAUAAUAGUAGAAAUGGAUAUUCAUAGUAAUGGGACUCUACUUUACUAUAGUUAAAAUAAUCGAAUAAGAGUGGGUGAGUUUGGGAUUCAUUGUAUUUACCUGGCUCGUAGUCAUUUUUAGUUAUAGAUUCAUAGCUCAACGCAACAAAUUAUAUGAUCUCUUUCUGACAUUUGUAGUUGUUAGUUAUAACCUUUACUUUCCAUUAACCAAAUACUUUUCAUUAACUUAAAGUGAAAGCUAAUAUGUAGACGGCUACUUUAUAUCUGUUGGCACUUUCGGCGUGAUCAAUAUUUUUAGUUUUAGAUUCAAAACUAUUAUAAUAGCCAUAAUCUUUACAUCUUUAGUUAGUUUGAGCAUGAUAUCUGAGGAGGACUUUUGGAAUUAACUUAUCAAAUCCACUCUGUUUACAUCCCUUUAUUUAUAAUAUUUGUAUUGUUUUGAGAAGCAUAAGAAGAACAACUUUCUUAACCAUUUGAAAAGAACAACAACUUUGAAGGGUAUAUAUGACUUAACAAAUAUUCAAACCUUCAUUAUUCAUUAUAAAGCAGAAACUAAAAAAAUAGAAUUGGUACAGAAGGAUGAUUAAUAGGAGAUACAGAAACAAAUUUUGGAUGAUUUCGAUGAUUAUUUAAAAAAUAUGAAUAUUUAAUAGUCUCGGAGUUUGGGAAAGUUCUCAUCCAUCUUGGGCUAAGAUCCUGUAAAUUAAUCUGUAAGGAAACAAUAAUUAAAAUCAUAUUUAUUUGAAUUAUUUCUGAGAGAUCAUAGAAUUUAAUAAGUUAGGAGUGAUGAUUAAUUUGAUAAUAACCAAAUAUAAGGAGAGGCAAUUUAUGAGUAGGAAUAUUAUUCGAUUUAGGUUAUGAAAGUAUUUGAUAUCCAUCCCUGUUUCAUUUUAAUACUGUAGGAAAAGAAGAAGGAAGUAUAGCUGGAAGAAUUGUCCCUGAAGAAUAAAAUGUUAAAAAAAUCUCUGGAUCAGACUUCAUUUAUAUUCAAGCAUCAUGUUCGUGUUUCAUUGAUAUACUUUUAAUGGAUUUAUAAAUAUGCUAAUAAAAAGGAGGAAAUUUUGCUAAUUAACAGAUGUUUAUAGUCUAUUCAUGGAUAAAUUAUAAAGGCCAAUAAUGACUUUUAAAACAUUAUUGAUUUUAAUACAAUAAAUUCAGACUUUUAACGUUCCAUUGUUAAAUAAUUUAACAUUAUUGAUUGCCUUAAUGAAUUAACUAGGACUAUAUGUUACUAUGACAUAAACAAAGAUAUCAAAUUUAAUAUAAUAAAUUAAUUGAGCUCAAAUCAAUAGAAAAUAUAAUAAGACGAGAAAUAGUUUAAAUAAUUAUUAUACAAUUUGUUAUUCUUUGUUUCAAAUUCUUCUCAAACUGUAACAAUAACCCUAUAACAUGAUACUCAUGGACAGCCAAGUAAGUCUGUUAUUAAGAUUAAAAUCACUUAUUAAGGCCCUAAUUUGAGUAAUUAAUAAUUGUAAGGAUUGCAGAUUAUUAAUCCAUAAAAUUUGGGAGAACUUCAUCAUAACGCAUAAAGGCCUCUGGAUUUAGAAAUACCAUUAUCAUUGAUGAUAAUCCGUAAGAUAGGUCCCUAUGAUAAAAUGCGUCUAUCCUAGAAUAAAAAGACUUAGAAUUAUAUCGAAUUUGUUAUUUUUUAAGUAUUAGAAGAACAAUAUCAUUUAAUUCCUAUAUAUCCUUUGCAUCCUCUCAAUUGUUUAAUACUUAAGGAUAAGAAUAGAUUGUAAACUAAAAAAUUCACUUCGCUAUAUGAAAAAUUAUUGACAAGUCCUCGCUUACAAUUCUAAAAUUAUAAUGAUUUUUGA